AGCAUCUCUCUAACAUCUGUUUUCUUAUUUUUUGCAGUCGACAACAUACAGUCCUCUGGGCCACUAGUUCCACAGCUCUAGUUUCUUCCUCUAUUGGAUCUUGUGCGAUAAAAAUCUAUAUCAGUUGCACGUGCUUCACAAGUGUGCCCCCCUCCCAGCUGUCUCUCGUUGUGGUCUCCCUAGUUCUUUCCCCUAUAACCCCUAAAAUAACCUCACUUAGCCCUGUAACUUCUGGGAUUUUUGUUUUAUUUCAGAGCUAUGGAUGGAAUCUUGCUUGAAGAUGGUUUCCCAGCUGAUCAUCUUUUCAACCAAGGAUAUUCAUAUACCUAUGACGAUGUUAUCUUCCUUCCGCACUACAUCGAUUUCCCAACUGAUGCAGUUAACCUGAGCACAAAACUGACCAAAAACAUUGACCUCCAUAUCCCUUGUGUUUCUUCUCCAAUGGAUACUGUGACUGAAUCCUCCAUGGCAGUUGCAAUGGCUGCUUUGGGUGGCAUUGGCAUUAUUCAUUACAACAACCUGCCUUUUGAACAAGCCGCAUUAAUCAGAUCUGCCAAGUCUCAUCAGAUUCCAUUAAUCUCGGAUCCAAUUAUUAAGUCACCUUCUGACUUGAUUGGUUCAAUUGAUGAUUUUGCAUCUUCACCUUGUGUUUUUGUUACUGAGUCAGGGAAUUCAAAAUCAAAGCUGUUAGGUGUAGUUGCAAAAUCUGAUUGGGAGAGCCUAAGUGAUAAAGAGGCUCCAGUUUCUGAUUACAUGUUGGGCUCACUGGUUUCAGUUCCUUCAAACUAUACAUUUGAGCAAGCUGCAGCCUUUUUAGCAGCAAAAAAGCUUGAUUAUGUGCCUUUAGUGAGUGAGCAUGAUGGUGAAGUUGUGGAUUUGUUCACAGCAGCUGAUGUGGAAAGAAUUCGCGGGUAUCCAAAAUUAGGGCUUCCAUCAUUGGGUCCAGAUGGGAAAUUCAUGGUGGGGGCAGCAGUGGGGACGAGGGAACAAGAUAAGGAGAGGUUGGAACAUCUUUUUAAGGCUGGAGCAAAUGUGGUGGUACUGGAUAGUUCGCAGGGAAACUCGAUUUAUCAAAUAGAAAUGAUCAAGCAUGUGAAGAGGACAUAUCCCGAGUUAGAUGUCAUUGGUGGCAAUGUUGUCACGGCUUAUCAGGCUCAGAAUCUGAUUCAGGCAGGGGCCGAUGCUUUGAGGGUUGGGAUGGGUUCUGGGUCCAUUUGCACCACUCAGGAAGUCUGUGCUGUGGGGCGUGGUCAGGCAACAGCUGUUUACAAGGUUUCAUCCAUUGCUGAGCAAAGUGGUGUGCCUGUCAUUGCUGAUGGAGGAAUUGCAAAUUCUGGACAUAUCGUCAAGGCUUUGGUGCUGGGGGCCUCUAGCGUUAUGAUGGGGAGUUUCUUAGCUGGCAGCAACGAGGCUCCUGGGGCUUACGAGUAUCAGGGUGGCUGUAGAAUUAAAAAAUACAGAGGCAUGGGUUCCCUUGAAGCCAUGACAAAGGGAAGUGAUGCCCGGUACCUGGGGGAUACAUCUAAGCUAAAGGUGGCUCAGGGAGUUGUAGGAGCUGUAGCAGAUAAAGGUUCUGUAUUGAAGUUUAUUCCUUACACAAUGCAAGCAGUCAAGCAAGGAUUCCAGGAUCUUGGUGCAUCCUCUGUGCAGUCUGCUCACAACCUUCUAAAGACUAGGGUGUUGAGGCUGGAGGUGAGGACAGGAGCAGCGCAGGUUGAAGGUGGGGUUCAUGAUUUGGUUUUCUAUGCGAAGAAAUCGUUCUGAGAUCUGAAAUCUCAAGCCUGCUUAAUUUUGGGUAAUCAUGCCCUUGAAUACUUUCUAAUUUGAGUCAAUAUUUAGAGAAGCAACAUCAGAUGCAAUCCACCAUCAAAAUGGCUAUUAUCAGAUGCAGCAGAAUCCUAUGAUGAGUGGCAAAGUUUGUUUGCAUUACUGAGUUCAUGUGUGUUUAGGUCAGGAUUUUUCUUCCUGGUCAUCAUAUAUGUAAAAAUUUUGCCCGUGAUGUCUUCACUUUUCUGCCAUGAUUGAAAUAUUUGCCCUUUUAAUAUGUUCCUUGUACCA